AUUCAUUGCUACUCUUUUUAUUCUCUGAAUUUGAUUUGAGCAUCAGAAAAUUCUCAUAAGAGCAAAAAUCUCCUAUCCAAAUUUUUUUUACAUAUCACUCCAACAUUCCCUGUACAAAGAUUAGGCGCCCAUCUUUCGAUCCCGCGGUAACGAGCAGCAACACCAUCAAAAAUAAACAAAACAAUAUAAAACCUGGAAAGAAAUGUAAAUGCACCUGGCCGCCUACCUCGUUGCUCCUCCACGCCAUGCUACCGCUGCUGGCCUUGGAACCUACUGAUCCAGGGGAACACCGCAACCAACGGCCGAGAUUCAUUGUUCUGGUCGGAUUCCAAGCCGCAGCUCUCUUCCAAUCCAUCUCCACCUGCGGAUGGCGGGUAGUUUGGGCGUUCCUGAUGGGCCCCACCAUCACCACCAUCGUUCCCAUCGUCAACUUUGUGCCAAACCUCCGACUCGAGUAAAUGGACCGGCUUCAUUUUGGGGACAAAUCUUGAUCCCUAACAAACGGUUAGAAUCCAAUCUGAAACCACCCAGACCGCUCGAUCCAACGACUCCGAUCCAUUGACCCAACCCACAGAGGACAGAAAAAGAAACCCUCCUUGGCACCCUCCCAUCACCGAAGCACACGCCUACCCCAUCCGCUUCCCCGCUCCACUUUCCGCCGCCACGAUGCGGCGGCAGAAACAGCUCCUCUCCUUCUUCGUCUUCUUCGUGUUCUCCCUUCUCUCCGACGCCACUGCCGCGUCCUCAGUCGACGCCUGCGAUCCCCGAUCCCUACCGGACCGGCUGACCCUUCGGCCGGACCAGCUCACCGUCCUCAUCAGUGGCUACUCGGAGCGCCGCCUCCUGCUCCUGCACUCCCUCGCCGCCGGCUACGCCUCCCUCCCCUCCGUCGCCGCGGUCCUUAUCCUCUGGGGCAACCCUUCAACACCUUCCCACGUGCUCUCUCCCCUCUCCUCCUCCUCCUCCAAAGUCACCGUCGUCCGCGACCCGUCCCCGUCCCUCAACGCCCGGUUCCUUCCGCGCGCCGCCAUCCGCACGCGGGCCGUGGCCGUCUGCGACGACGACGUGGAGGUGGACCCCCGGUCGCUGGCCUGGGCCUUCGCGGUGUGGAGGUCCCACGAGCACAGCCUGGUGGGCUUCUUCGCGCGGUCCCACGACCUGGACCUGGCCCGCCGGACCUGGAUCUACACCAUCCACCCAGACCGCCACUCCAUCGUGCUCACCAAGUUCAUGAUCCUCAAAACUGACUACCUCCACCGCUACAGCUGCUGGACCCGCUUAGCCGAGGCGCGGGGAUUGGUGGACCGCCAGCGCAACUGCGAGGACAUCCUCAUGAACUUCGUGGUCGCCAUGGCCAUGGCCGCGGAGGGCAGGGAGGGGCCCGUCACCGUGCUGGUGGAGGGUAGGAGGGUCAGGGACUGGGGCGACCCCCGGAACAGCGGAAACAGUAACAGCAGCAGCAGCACCGACGGCGGUGAUGGCGAUGGAGUGAAAGAACAAGAGAGGGAAACAGAGAUCACACGGGUGGGAUUGAGCUCCAGAGGAGACCACCGGAAGAGGCGUGGAGAUUGCAUCAGGGAAUUCCACCGGAUGCUGCGUGUGAUGCCCCUCCGGUACAGCUACGGGAAGGUAGUGGAAGGGCUCGGGGAGCAGGGUCUCUGCCUUAAGGGUGGAAAGCUGGUCUUCUGUGAUCGAGACUAGGCCCUGAUUUCUUUCUAUUCUCACCCAUCCGUUUUCUUUUUUUGUUGAAGCGCCCAUCCGUUUUGUGUACCUUCAUAAUGGACAAAGGAGAUGAGGAUGGACUAGUUUAAUUAAAAAUUAUACCCUACUACUUUGGAUUGAAGGGUGCGAGCCUCUGGUUCAAUGCGCCUCAGAAUUCUCUGCGAUAUCAUUUUCUGUGGUAUGCACAUACUCAAA